AUGAGUUACCUGGAUGAAGUUCCCUUCCGGACAGCCAGGAGCCUCGACGGGGACUCGGGGGGAGAAAACGCUUUAAUCGCUGCCCCGGCCAUCGACCUGCCCGACUGCGCCGACAUCCUCAUGAGCACCAUGGAGUGGGAGGAGGUGGGCGUGAUUGGUGUGGCCCCCACGGCGCCACCGGGCUGGCUGCUGCUGGUGGCCCCCGCCGACAGCUACGGGGGGAGAGCGCGGGAUGGGGCGAUGCGGCGCUGCGUCAGCCUGAGCGCUGCCGACGGCGGCUACGGGCAUGCCAAGGGCAGAGGGGCCUUGUCCGACACCGAGAGCGAGACCUGGCACUCAGAGGAGGAGGACGACUCGGAGGACGACGAGUACUCCUCGACCUCCUGGGAGGAGAACGACAAGGAUGAAAGGCUUUCCAGGAGGAGAAAUGCUGGGAGAGGUGUGCCUCCGCGUCCUGGCUUUCACCAGACCCGACCAAAGACAUCGCCUGGCUUGCUGGAGCCCUCACCGGAGAACAUCAACCACAGCCCAGCCAGCCCAGACCCGAGAAAGCAGAGAAGAUCCAUGGUGAUAUUUAACAACAUGAAGAAUGAGCUGGAAGCGGCGCGGAGGAAGCUGGCAGCUCUGGUGCAUCCUCUGAACAGAGCCGCUUCCCUCAGCCCCUAUGCCUGCCUCCCCCCUGCCUCCACGCCUGCGCAACCUCUCAGUUCCCACCGAUCCCAGCUGGACUCAGCGGCCGACCUGCUCUCGGCGCUGAGCCAAGAGGAGCGAGACCUCAUCGAGCCCGUUAUAGCCUUGGGCUACCCCGCCCGCAAAGCCAUCCUCACCCUCCAGAAGACUGGAAGGCAAAGCUUAAGUCAGUUCCUGAGCUACCUGCGUGCCUGUGACCGGCUGCUGAAGCAGGGCUACGAGGAAGGGCAGGUGGAGGAGGCCAUGGAGAUGUUCCAGUACUCAGAGAAAAAGGCAGCUGAAUUCUUGCAUUUGCUAGCUCAGUUUAACGAUAUGGGCUUCCAGCAGAAAGAAAUCAAAGAAGUUCUUUUGCUUUGCGGGAAUCAGAGGGAGAAGGCGCUGGAAGAGCUCGUGAUGAAAACCCAGUGA